CAGACGUGUAGUGUACUCAAGUUCAUGUCAAUAUGCGAACUUCAUAUAACUUUCCUUGAAGUUGAAGAAGUAUUCCACUCAAAUUAUUUUAGUAUCCUUCUGAUGCUGGUUAAGGCACAGUCCCUUUUCUAUUUGCUUAAAUUUGAGUACUGGUUCCUGUCCUUAAUUCUGGUAGAUGCAAACAGGAUGUCCAGCCAGUGACGGCCUUUGAUUAUUUUCUUCAGUCACAUUCAUGCAGAGGGAUCAAUCCAAAAUGAGAAGAGCACAUGCAGGAAAUUACUAUGAGCCUCUGCCUACUCAGUACGAGGCAGGGAACAACGUGGAGGAGGAAAAUGAGAAAAUGACGGACCAGCUGAAGGACAAAAUUCAUGUUUUAAAAUCGCUUUCCAUUGAUAUCGGGGCAGAAGUGAGGUACCAAGACAAACUUCUGAGGGAUAUGGAUGAAGACUUCGAGAAGACUGGUGGAUUUCUAGGGAAUACCAUGAACCGAGUUCUACGGUUAGCGAAAGGUGGACACAACUACUACAUUGUUUAUCUUUUCUUAUUUUCAAUUGUGGUGUUUUUCAUUUUGUGGAUAACUUUAAAGUUCCGCUGAUAAAAAAAAUUUAAGUACUGCAUCUUCAAAGUUUUCCCAUGACUGAAGUGAACUGCUCACCGAAAAAAGGUGAAGCAUUUGAAAGUUUGUCUCUCAACAGCAGAUUAGACGACGUGAAAAAAUUAUCUGUUUUGUCUAAAAUUAUCCAACUGCAUUUCGAUCUUAAUCUAUACUACAUCUCUUUUGAACUUCUGUGAUAGUGAAGGAUUGCCAGGUGUUGUGAAUUCAGAUUCUAUUGUUUUAUAUAUUCCAAAUUUCUCUCAUAUUUUGAGGUUGGUGAUUGGAAUCAUUAUUGUAUACUGUAAAUAUUGGCCAGUUAUAUCUGUAUGAUGUUGUUGUCAUACAGUUUUAAACUUCUACAUUGUGUGAAUUGGUGAUGUUAGUUACCAUAUAUUUUAUUUUGUAACAGUUUGUUCACAGAGAUUGUACAGAAGCAUUCUAGGUGUUCACAGUACUUCAUUGUGUCAGUUUCUGUGUGUUUAUAAAUCUUCAAAAAUCUUUAUUACUGUUUGAUUUUGACUACGAUUGCGAUUUACUUUUUAAUUAUUUUCAUCCAAGUGAAAGUACAUGUGUAAAACGAGGACUUUGUAUCAGUAUUUGUUGGAUUUUGUUUUGCUGUCUGACGUGAUCACAUAGUAAUGCUGUUCUCAAUGGCCUUUUUUUUUUUUUGCUUUGUUUAGUUAUUGAUUAUCUAUCUAUAUACUUCUAGAUUUAAUUGUUUCUUGUUAGUCUACAAAAUACAAAAUAAAUUAAUGUACAAACAUGGA